GGCGGGCCGGUAUCCUCUCUCCCGAUUGGUCGUCCGCUUCCCCUGAGCGAACCUUUAGAACUCCGAGACACAAUAUUCUGUUACAUUGUAGCAAAAUGGCGACUGUCAUUCACAACCCCCUGAAAGCUCUUGGGGACCAGUUCUACAAAGAAGCCAUAGAGCACUGCCGCAGCUACAAUUCCCGGCUGUGUGCUGAACGCAGCGUCCGUCUUCCUUUCCUCGACUCACAGACUGGUGUGGCUCAGAAUAACUGCUACAUUUGGAUGGAAAAGAGACACCGGGGACCAGGACUUGCACCAGGUCAGCUCUAUACAUAUCCUGCUCGUUGCUGGCGUAAAAAGAGACGUUUACAUCCUCCUGAAGACUCCAGGCUGAAAUUGCUUGAAAUUAAACCUGAAGUGGACCUGCCUCUGAAGAAGGAUGGCUUCACAACAGAGGGGACCACCCUGGAAGCCUUGUUGCGUGGAGAAGGACUUGAAAAGAAGAUCGAUACGAAAGAGGAGGACACUCUGCAAGAAAUCCAGAGGGUUUUGGAAAACGAUGAAAAUGCGGAUGAAGUGAAUGAAGAGGAAGAAAUGGAAGAGGAUAUUCCAAAACGAAAGAAUAGACCCAGAGGACGGGCUCGGGGGUCUGGUGGCGGCAGGAGAAGGAAUGAUGUUUCUUCCAUGGAUGACCACGAUAAACCCUAUGUUUGUGACAUCUGUGGCAAGCGCUAUAAGAACAGGCCAGGAUUGAGCUACCAUUAUGCUCACACUCACCUUGCCAGCGAAGAAGGGGACGAUGCUCAGGAGCAGGAGACACGCUCACCACCUGUCCACAGAAAUGAAAAUCACAAACCCCAGAAAGGACCAGAUGGAGCCAUUAUUUCCAACAACUACUGUGACUUCUGCCUUGGAGGAUCUAACAUGAACAAAAAAAGUGGGCGGCCAGAAGAACUUGUUUCGUGUUCAGACUGUGGGCGCUCUGGUCACCCAACCUGCUUGCAAUUCACAGCAAACAUGACAGAGGCUGUCAAAACUUAUCAGUGGCAAUGCAUUGAGUGCAAAUCUUGCAGCCUCUGCGGGACCUCCGAGAACGAUGACCAGCUUCUCUUCUGUGAUGACUGUGACCGUGGCUAUCACAUGUAUUGCUUAAACCCACCAGUCUCUGAACCUCCUGAAGGAAGCUGGAGUUGUCACUUGUGCCGAGAACUCCUCCAAGAGAGAGCUUCUGCAUUCUGCUUCCAGCCUUAAAAGGAAUCGCCAUGGAGCAGGACUGGGAUUGUUCCUGGACUUGUGGCACCAGCACACAACCUGUCCUCCACAACCCAAGGAUAUGUGUAACCACAAGUACACCUGUACACACAUGAAAGAAAAUGAACAUUCAAUGAAUUAUCUGUGGUGUUUGCUGUCCAAGUGUAGAUUUCACAAAUAUUGUACCUCCUGGGUUCUACUAGAAGGAGCACACUUUUUUUAAUGUUUUGGAUGGAUUCUUUCCACUGCUGUGCAUGAUUGCAGAUACACUGUAAUAGAUUCAGACAUGUUAUGGUAAUAGUGAAGGGGAAACUGUUGUAACUGUUGAUACUUAGAUGUUUAAUUUGUGUGGCAUUGUGUUUUUCAUCUGAUCUACGUAUAUCCCACCCCUGCACCACCGAUAGAAAUAAUAACAUUGUUUCCACAAUCACUCUUGGAUGCAUGAAACAUCCUUCUUACAAGCAAUAUUUAAACACAAGUGGUCCCUGAAGAAUGCAGUAUCUCAAUUUGAGCAAUAAACCCCAAACCAAACAUUAGAGCAAGAGUGGACAAGAUGCAGAUCUCUAGGUGUUGUUGGACUGCAGAUCCCAUCAGGUUUAGAAAGAACAGCCAAUAGUGAAGAAUCCUGGCAGUUGUAGUUCAACAAAAUCUGGAAGCUCAUACUUUGUCCACCCCAGCAGUAUAAGGAAAAGCAAGGGUGCCAUUAAGCUUCUCCAUCUUCCUGGUAUUUGUACAAAAAAAGUAAUAAUGGUAUUCUGUCAUUGCCUUAAUAUUCCCCACUCUUCAUCAGCUACUUUGAGGGGUGGGGUGGAUGAUAACUUGAUGCCUUCAUGUCAUGCCUCUUUUCAAACUACACGUUACCCAUUCAGAUCAUGGGAAUCCAUGCACAUCUCAAUAAUGUAUAUAUUGGGCCUAAGGUCCAAGUUGACCUGACAUGUUAAAAUCCAGAUCUGCCCAAAUCAUGUCAGAAAGAGUGCCAGGGGCUAGUAGCAGGAAGUAAACCUUCUGAUUAAGAUAAGAAAUUAUGGAGAAGGUUCCGCUUUUCUUACUAGUAAAUCAGAUCCUCAACCAUGCUUUAUACAAAAGUAGGCAAACCUGAGUUUAAACAAAUAGAUCUCAGCUCACCUCAAUUUACAUUCUUGCUUCAGGCUUCAUAGGAAGAUGUAAAGCAGGAGGAAUCAGGGUGCUUAGGAUAGGACAUCCAGAAUCACAUGACUAAGCUGCAUGGGCAAGUCUGAUAGGAAACAACACUAUAUCUUAUCAGGCUAUUGAUUCGUCUUCCUCAGUACUACCUAUAGUGGAACUCAAUGACUUUCUGAAGUUUCAGUAAGGGUCUUUCCCAUGUAGAUCUCUCUUACAUAGAGGUGCCAGAGAAUGGACCUGGAAACGUUUGCAUGGUCUGUUUCUGCAUUCUGAUCAUUCCAGAGCAUAAAUGCACCAUUGAUUUCAAUGGGAGACUAAGGGUGUGAUUAAGAGGGAAAAUACACAUUGAUCCACCAUGAUCCACCAUGGAAAUCAUGUUUCCCCAAGUGCGCUUAGUUUAGCCAUCCAGGCAGGAGUCAGCAAAGAGAGAGAGAGGAGGAAAUUAACAAUCAGCCCUUCUUUGCAGCUUCUAGUGUAGCUGCCCAGAUUUGUCAGCAGGGGCAGAGGCAUGGGUGCAGCAGAAGCUGCCUUAACAAGUUGCAAACAAGUGCUGAUUGGCAAUUUCUUCCUUUCUCUUUCUUAAAUUUAUUUUCUAAAUGGUAUAGCACAACUUUGUUCUAGUGUUGACAUGAUGUCUUUAAAAAAAGUUUAGAGACUGUUAGUGCUUGGUUGAGGGGAAUCAUCACCUCUUUAAGUGCACCUUUACUCUUUUUUUCUUAACACCUUGCCACUAGCUCCCCCUGCAUAUGCCCUCUUUGCUUUUCUCUAUCGGGUCAAGUGACCACACUGAACUGAUUCAAAUGCAUUCAGUUGGAAAAAAAGUAGAAACAAUAGCAGUGGAGGAAAAAAGUAUGGGUUAGGAAGGGGAAAGUCCAGGUUGAUUUGCAUUGAUUUGUAUUUCUUUUAGUCAACAGAAAAUAACAGGAACCAGACUUUCCCAAUCCUGAAGCAAUUCCCAUAUUUGUUAACCUAGUUGCCCCAUAAACAGAUGUCCAAUCUCUCUGGACUAUAUCAAUAAGCAGGAAAGAUACAAAACAUAAGGCACAGAGCCCCACCAAAGAUUUCUCCAAUUUCCCGAAACAUUUUUCAGUCUAUGGAGCAUAAAAAUUUAGCGCUGAGAUUUUAACUUGCAGUCCAAGAAGAGAAAUGUUAGAUUUUCAUGGAUUAGGGAUUGCAUGCUGAAGGUACAAUCUGAUGGGCAUUUAGCUCACUGUUUGGUCUGCUUCAGGGGCAGGUUGAUUUAUUCCUUUUUGUACUGAUCAUGCCAUGUAAUCACUGGAGUCAACCAGACCAUCCCCAGAGCAUUCCUACUUGCAUCUUUCUGGGUCCUUGUCAGGGUCUUCUAUUUUUUGAUGCAGUUAUGAUUGCUCCAUUUUGGUUCAUUUCCAGCGUGUGUGAUGAUUAUAAAUGAACCAAAGCUAGAUUCUGGGUAUCAAGGCUCUUUCUGCUAUCAAUCUGCUAUAUUGUGAAGCAGCUUAAGAAAACAGCCGCUUCAGGAUAUUGGUGAAUUAAACACUUCCACUACUCCUCCAUUGUACCUGGCAUUGGAUUUGGCUAAGAGCAGGUUCUUGACCUGAUUUUUAAGAAAAAAAAAUCAAAGUAAAAACCCUCAUUGUCCCUUCCUCUCUCCUCCCUCUUCUGGCAGGCAGUUUUCAAAUUUUAUUUUUAUAUAAGCGAUACAGUGCAUCUGUGCUGCACUAGCGGAAUCUUUUUUUAAAAGUUCCUCUGACACUCUAUGGAAGAGCAGAGGAAGUGUUCAAUUUGUCAAUAUAAUGAAGUAUCUCUCUUUUUAAGCCAUUUCACAAUAUGGCAAAUUGACAGCAGAAGAAGCCAGAACAUAUAGAUUUGAUUGAGGUCUGGUAUGCUAUACAGAGGUGACAAUCACACCAAAUGGCAUAGCGGACCUCUACCAAACACCAGUCCAUCAUAUUUAGCUGACAACAGCCCACUCCAAAACAGUUUGUGUAGACAAGUCCUUACAAAUCUGAUGCUAUGACCUGUUAGGAUGGUGUCGCAAGUAAUAGUAAAGGCUACUCCAGUGUAGCUAUAAGGGAGCACAUUUAAGCAUCUUUGUGGUAGUGCUAGGUUCCAGUUGCACCAAUAUUUCUGGUGCAAUAGCAGCAUGUUGGUAAUCGCUUUUAGAGUCAAGGAAAUCUCUCUCUCUCUUUUUGCCCUUUUCUCACACUCUGAGUUUGUGAACCAUGGUGAAUUCU